GAGCGCGUCGACUGAGCCACGUUCGUCCAUCUUUGCUCCUCUUCUCUUCGUCUCCGUGUGCGACUCUCGUUCGCACUCCACCUGUGACCAGGAUGAAGAUCGUUGACGCGAUGACCUUCUUUCACUUCUUUCUGUUACCGCUGUACGCCACGUCAGCCAUCGCUAUGGCGGCUGGCGGGCGACCUGCCUCUUCUCAGUACCUCAGGCAUACCGGUGAUCUUCGAGAGCUGAUUAAGGCGGAGGGCGGGUCCGUUCGCAGCUGGGGUGGGGCUCUGGAGGAGUUUUCCAAUGCCUCCCUGGGAACAGGCAUGGUGACGUUGGAGGCCGGCUUCAUGAUGUUGCCCGAGUACUCCGACUGCCAUUACCUCCUCUACGUGAUUGAAGGAUCCGCCUUGGUGGGACUGAUGUCACCUGUCGGGGUCCCAACCAAUACCAGGAGGAUCGAGCAAGGGGAUGUGUUCGCGAUUCCCCGAGGCUGGGUGAGCUGGGCCAUCAACUGCGGAAGCUCUCGGCUGCGGGCGUUCGCGGCGUGGGACACGUCGGUGGGCCAUGCACGUGGCGAGUGCAUGCACUUUCAUCUGGCAGGCUCGUCGUCGACCUCCACGGCAGCAGCGGAACAUCAGAAGGACACGCGUUCGAUUCUUCACGGUUUCAGUAAAGAUCUACUGGCCAAAGCGUGGGACGUGGACGUCAGCCACGUGGAGCGGCUGCUGCGGUCCCAGCACGAGAGCGCCAUUGUGAGACUGCCUUCUCGCUCAGCGACCAGCCGUGCCACGUGUCAGAAUGCUGUCAGUCAGGCUGCCCAGACAUGGACGACAACAUCGUCAGUCAGUCAACUGGCUAUGGGAUUGGGUGAUGACGUCAACGGAGAGCAGGGGCCGUCCUCCGCGUUCGGUCUCUUGCCGCUCCCUGGUGGCGAGUACGUGUACAGGCUGGACAGAUCGUCCGCUGACGUGGCGAACAAGGGCGGGAAGCUUUGGUUGCUGAAUGCGCACCGAAUGCCAGCGCUGCGUCAGCUGGGGAUGGGAGCGUACAGACUGCUCUUGCGGCCAGGGGCGGUGGUGGGCCCGGCGUGGUCAGUGAACGCGCACCACAUCGUGUACAUCAUCAGAGGUAAGGGGCGCGUCCAGAUCGCGGGUCCGGACGGGCGCAAUGAGCUGGACGCGGAGGUGCGCGCAGGACAGGUGGUGGCGAUCCCGCGCUUCUUCGCGGCAUUGAAGGUGGCGUCGGAGGAGGAGCCGUUGGAAAUGAUCUCGGUGACAUCGUCGUCGAUGCCCUUGUCUUCUUUCCUGUCCGGAUCGACUUCCCUGCUAAAGAACAUGCCGUUGGAUGUGGUCACCCACGCGUUCAACAUCGACAAGGAGCUGGAGGAGAAGUUUAGGGAGAAGAGGAGGGAGGUGACCGCUAUCCUGCCGCAGUCGCAAUCGUCGGGGAGUGAGAAGGACUCGUGGACAUCGUUCCUGUCCGGCUCGAGCUCCCUCUUACACACGACCCUCCUGGUUUAUCAUCGAAUGCACGUGCGAGGAGGUACGCAGAUAGGGAGGAACAUCAAGCAGCUGACCACAGAAGCGCCACGACUGAGCCACGUUCGUCCAUCUUUGCUCCUCUUCUCUUCGUCUCUUUGUGCGACUCUCGUUCGCACUCCACCUGUGACCAGGAUGAAGAUCGCCGACGCGAUGACUUUCCUCCUCUUGGCGCUCUGCGCCACGUCAGCAGUCGCAGCGGCAGCUGGCGGAGGGCAUGCUUCCUCUCAGUACCUCAGGCAUACCGGUGAUCUGCGAGAGCUGAUUAAGGCGGAAGGCGGGUCGGUGAGUAGCUGGGGAGGGGCUCUGGAGGAGUUCCCCAAUGCCUCCUUGGGCGCAGGAAUGGUAACGUUGGAGGGGGGCUUCAUGAUGCUGCCCGAGUACUCCGACUGCCAUUACCUUCUCUACGUGCUUGAAGGUUCCGCCCACGUGGGACUGAUGUCUCCUGUCGGGUUUCCAUCCAAUGCCAGGAGGAUCGAGCAAGGGGAUGUGUUCGCGAUUCCCCGAGGCUGGGUGAGUUGGGCCGUCAACUGCGGAAGCUCUCGGCUGCGGGCGUUCGCGGCGUGGGACACGUCGGAGGGCCAUGCACGUGGCGAGUGCAUGCACUUCCAUCUGGCGGGCUCGUCGUCGACCUCCACUGCAGCAGCGGAGCACCAGAAGGACACGGGUUCGAUUCUUCGCGGAUUCAGCAAGGAUCUGCUGGCCAAAGCGUGGAACGUGGACGUCGGCCACGUGGAGCGGCUGCUGCGGUCCCAGCACGGGAGCGCCAUUGUAAAACUUCCUUCUCGCUCAGUGACCAGCCCCGCCACGUGUCACAACGUGGUCAAUCAGGCCGCUCAGUCAUGGACGACAACAUCGACAAUCAGUCAGCUGGCGAUGGCGGUGGGCAUGGGAUUGAACGAUGACGUCAACGGAGAGCGAGGGGCAUCCUCAACGUCCGGUCUCUUGCCGCUUUCCGGUGGCGAGUUCGUGUACGAGCUGGACAGAUCGUCUGCAGAUGUGGCAAACAAGGGCGGGAAGCUUUGGUUGCUGAAUGCGCACCGAAUGCCAGUGCUGCGUCAGCUGGGAAUGGGCGCGUACAGACUGUUCUUGCAGCCAGGCGCGGUGGUGGGCCCGGUGUGGUCAGUGAACGCGCACCACAUCGUGUACAUUAUCAGAGGAAAGGGGCGCGUGCAGAUCGCGGGUCCGGACGGGCGCAACGAGCUGGACGCGGAGGUGCGCGCAGGACAGGUGGUGGCGAUCCCGCGCUUCUUCGCGGCGUUGAAGGUGGCGUCGGAGGAGCCGUUAGAAAUCAUCUCGGUGACGUCGUCGUCGAUGCCCUUGUCGUCCUUCCUCUCCGGAUCGACUUCCCUGCUGAAGAACAUGCCGUUGGAUGUGGUCACCCACGCGUUCAACGUCCACAGGGAGCUGGAGGAGAAGUUUAGGGAGAAGAGGAGGGAGGUGACCGCCAUCCUGCCGCAAUCGCAGUCGGAGAGUCAGGAAGUGUCGUCCGGUUCGACUUCCCUUUUGUAGGAGAUGCCUGUCGACAGGCGGCAACCGAGGCGUUCAACAUCAUCAGGGAGAAGUGGGCGUAGAUUGCCCCCUUUAUGUCGCAAUCGGCAUCGGGAUCGGGUCUUGCAACGGGAUCGGGUCUGUUGGAGUGUUCGAAGUAAUGUACAACGGCGAUUUGAAAUUGAAUCCCGAGAUCGACAUCAAUCUCCAGUUGAGGAUAAGUGGUUUUGGUAUUUGAAGAAGUUAAUGGUCGUAGAAGUGGGCGUACAUUGGCCCCAUUCCGUGGCAAUCGCCAUCGGGAUUGGGUCUGUUAGAGUGUUCGAAGUAAUAUACAACGGCCAUUUGAAAUUGAAUCCCGAGAUGGACAUCAAUCUCGAGUUGAGGAUGAGAGGUUUUGGUAAUUUGAGAAAGUUAAUGGCCGUAGAUAUCAUCCCGUUUCUGCCGCAAUCUGCGUGUCAGAAGAUUGUUUAGAACGACGUGUCAGAAGAGAAGAGUGUUUUAAAAGCAUAGGCACAGUUAGCUGCGUGUGGAGAACAGCCGGCGCAUCGUGAAUUGCAGAGUGAGUAUCAUUGGGCCAGGUAGAGCUGCUAAGCUAGUAGUAGUCUGAGAGAUCGCAGGAAGCGAGCUGUUAUGCGCAGUGCUGAGAGUAAUCAACACGUUUUUCAAAGGACAUCAACUCCUGGCGGCAGAAAUGCGCACGCAAAUUAGUAUACGACACGUGUAGAGAGCAAUUGACUGUGACCAGGGGGUUGAUUAGUCCCUUUGCACGGAGGAGGGGGUUUGAUAAGUCCCUUUGCAUGGAGGAGGGGGUUUGAUUACUCCCUGUGCAAGGUGGAGGGGGUUUGAUUAGUCCCUUUGCACGGAGGAGGGGGCAGGAGGGGGUUUGAUUAGUCCCCGUGCACGGAGGAGGGGGUUUGAUUAGUCCUAGUGCACGGAGGAGGAGGGGGUUCUUUUAGUGCCAGUGCAAACGGAAACGAGUACUUCACCACGUGGCUGGAAAUCGGAGACGUACUCGGUGGGAGGGAGUUGGCAUGUGUGCGGAGGCGACGAUGUGUCGUGGAAUUGAACACGUUGUUGGUGUUAGCACCAGGAUUGCAACAUGAGAAUCUUGAAACACCUCUGAUGUUACGUCUGCUUGUCUGUUGAGGUCUUAACGACACUUCUGAUUUGAGGUUGGGAAGUGACAAUGUGUGACGAUGAAUGUAUGUCUUUUUUCUGAUGUAGGCUGAUAUACUGACCGGGCACCGCUGCACCCCUCACCAAAUGUGAGUAAUAUAAAGAUAAAGAUAUGACGCAUGUAUUUCAAAGUUCAGCGGAAAAUGCGUUCUCAUUUUGCACAUUUGGUGAGUUGUGAGGCGAGGACCCGCAUUCGUCGCUCAGUGAAGUAAAGUGUUACCUUUGCU